UUGAAUUUUAUUGUAGGAAAAGACCAUGAUCAACCGCGUCGCAGAUUUGUUGUUGCACAAUGGGAAUGGGAACACUGCCGGAAUUUGGGCUUAUGUGAGUGGAAUCCAUUUGCUCAAGUGUCUGAUGCAAUGAUGUCUUUCAAAAAUGAUGCAUUGUUUCCACCAGCAGAAGCCGAAGUCGAUUACAAUAUGCGUAUAUUUUCUGAGAUCAAUACAAUUGAUGACCCGAAUGAGAAAGCGAACUGCUUGGUCUUCACAUCGGCCAUGUGA